UCUUUUUGUGUGGGGAGGCGAAUGAGAGGCAAGUUUCAAAUAUUAUUAAUGCCUAAAGAGAGUACAUCGGAGAGUAUAAGCAAUUACGAGGAAAGGAAGAUGCACCGGAAGUUAUCGGACAGCGGUUGUACCUUUGGCGCGAAGGAAGGAACUGGCGCGAACGCUUUCGCUUUGACUGGGCCAGACAGGUCUGGCUUUGGAAAUUGGACCUGAACAGGAACCAUAUGUCCUUGCGCACUCUCAUGCUGAAACUAAAACUAGCCAACCGUCCUCGCCUAACCCUAUGGGGCCAACUCCGUGCCGCUCGUUCUCUCAGCUCUUCAGCCGUGCUGUUCGAUGAAAUGCCCCAGAGACAUAUAAAUUCUUCCAAAAGAUCGGUACCAAGAUUCGCGGGCUACCGUUCCGCGCCCCCACCUGUCGAUACCAGUCCUGGAAGUCAUAGUGCAGUUUUCCGGGACCAGCUGAUGAAAAAGAUAGAUAUAUCAUUCUUCUCUGGCUGCAAGCUCUUAGAAACGACAGAGCCUAAUAGUAGAACUUUCGUACAUCUUCUUAGCACUUGCAUCGGAUUAAACGAUGUCCUGAUUGGAAGACGAUGGCAUUGUCUGAUUACAAAGUUUGGAUUCUGUUCAGAUGCUUUCGUUGGUAGCGCUCUCAUUGAUAUGUACUCAAAAUGUGGAUUUGUUACGGAAGCUCGUUUGGUGUUUGACGAUAUUCGUAUAAGAGAUUUGGUGCUGUGGAAUGUCAUGGUGUCUUGCUAUGUUUUGAAUGGUCUUGGUGAAGAAGCUUUCGAAAUCUGGGAUUUGAUGCGGUCUGAAGGGUCUGCUGGUGAUGAAUUUACUUUCAGUAGUUUGCUUAGUUCUUGUAGAUCUUUGAAUAGUGUUGACUUAGGAAGACAAGUUCAUGGUCUUGUUAUAAGGUUAGCUCUUGAUGUUGAUAUAGUUGUCGGUAGUGGACUUGUUGAUAUGUAUGCGAAAUGUGGUGACAUUGAGGAUGCUCGAUGGGCUUUUAAUGUCAUGGAGAAUCGGAAUAUUGUCUCCUGGAAUACCAUGAUUGUGGGUUAUGGGCAAUGUGGUGAGGGAAAAGAAGCUGUGAAGCUUCUUGUCCAAAUGCUUCAAGGAGGCUUGAAACCUGACGAGCUAACACUUGCCAGUGUUCUUAGCUCUUGCGCUGACAUGUCAGCAAUCAAUGAGGCUAUCCAGAUACAUGAUUACGUGGUGAAAGAUGGGUUUGAAGAUUUUCUGUCAAUCGGAAAUGCUCUUAUAAUGGCAUAUGCAAAGAGUGGCUGCAUCCAUAAUGCAUUUCAAUCUUUUUGUUCGAUCUCUAAGCCUGAUUUGGUUACAUGGUCUUCAAUAAUAUAUUCGUAUGCCUUUCAUGGCCUUGCUAGGGAGUCUAUAGAUAUGUUUGGAAAGAUGUUGCAUGAAGGCAUAAGACCAGAUGGGAUUGCCUUUCUAGGGGUUCUUUCUGCUUGUAGUCAUGCUGGACUUGUGGAAGAAGGGCUACACUAUUUUGAUUCCAUGAGAAAGGACUAUCAAAUUCAGCCAAGCUCAGAGCAUUAUACUUGUUUGGUGGAUCUACUUGGGAGAGCUGGUCAUAUAAACGAGGCUUAUGAUGUUUUGCUUAAUAUCCCCUUUGAACCUGAUGCAGAUAUUCUUGGAGCUUUCAUUGGUGCAUGCAAGGUCCAUGGAAACAUUGCAUUGGCAAAAUGGGCUGCGGAGAUGCUCUUUGACAUUGAGCCAGAGGAAUCUGUUCAUUAUAUGCUUAUGUCUAACGUCUAUGCUGCUGUAGGAUGUUGGGAGGAGGUAGCAAGGAUGAGAAAGAUGAUGAGGAAUUGGUGUGGUAACAAGGUGCCAGGAUGCAGUUGGACUGAGUUUGGUGGUAGAGUCCAUAGAUUUGUCUCUAAUGAUAAGUCACAUCCGCAAGCUCGAGAGAUUUAUAUCAUGUUGGAAGGACUCAUUAAGUUCAUUAAGGAGGAAGGAAAUAUGCCAUAUGAUAUAAAUAUGGAUGAUUGGUUAAGAGAUUAAGUAUUGCUUCAUUUUCAUAAAAAUUAUCUUGGUUGGUAUUGUUAUAAUGAGCACAACGUUUGAUGCCUUUGUGGAUAUUUCUGGUUGCAUCGCUUGUUGCUCCUGAAUUUUCAAGGAGUGUCUUUAAGCCUUAUCCAUUGAGACUUUCAGUAUUGCCGUCUAUUGGAGACUGGUUCGGUGCUCCUCUCUGAGGUUAUGUUUCACAAGUUUUCCAUCCAUAAGCACACCAAGUUGGCCAAAGAAUGUUAUACUCCAUGGCUUCUGCACAGAUUUUCUUGCAAUUGUUCAAAGCCUUGAACAUAAAAGCUCUUGGUCUGGAUAUAUCUCCAGAAAUCAGGUGAAUCAUUUGAAACUUGUAUAAUUAAAUUUUCUAGUCUUUUUUGAAUCAAAUAAGAAUUAUUGCAAGAUCUCUUUUCUUUUCCUGUUUUAAAAAGACAUGAAGUUUUGAGGUCUCUUCAAUGACUAGUACAGGUCUUAGGCGCUUUCUUUAUCCAUUGGAGCCUAUCAUAGGGUUCAGGUUAGUUUGAACAUCAAAACUGUGGUGAAUCCAUAUUAAAAUUUCAUUUGAAAUUCAAGAGGCUUUUGCAGUCAGGUCCAUAUUUUUUCUUUUUCAUUUUAAAUACUGUUUUAUACUUUUAAUUGUCAUAAGCCCCAGAAUGUUUUAGUUCUUUUGAAAUAAUGUAAUUAACCCAAACAUUUUUCAUUUAAAGUAUUUCUUAUACAUCUAACCAACAGUCUUCGAAAAUUUUUGGUUUAUUUGGAUAAUGCAUUCAAAUGAAUCUUCUCAGGUUCUAUUUUAUAUACCAACAUAUUUUGUUGUAAAGACUUUAGUUUCUUUGAGAUCUGUUUGAAUUAUUGGUGUUAUGCAUCUGCAGAAUUCACCGCGUAAGGUCUAGUUUCAGUUGGAAUAAAUGCUGAUUAUUAUCUUAAUUCUAGAUGGGAAGUAUUUCUUUACGAAGCUUUAGAUUAUAUGUUUUUAUAUGAUUUCUACCUGAUUUAUCAACAUUUUAUCAUCAUGAUCCCCACUUGGCUUUUGAAGACUAUCAAGAUUUUUGGUUUUGACUUUAAUAACCCUAUUUGCCUCACAAAUUUUUUGUCUCUCUCUUUGCUCAGAACACCAUUUGUUAGCUCCUCCUACCAGAAGCACGUGAGCAAUAUGGUGUUCCCUAGAAGAAGCAUCAACCUGUUCUUUUGAUUGCUAAAUGCUAAUUCAUUCUCUUUUUAAUCUAUGCCCUAAGUGAAUUGUAGGUCUACACUGUUCUCGCAUCCAUGUACCUCAUUAGCUGUCUUGAUAUGAUGAUUGUUCUUCCAGACUAUCAAUCUAUUUUUGUAUGUAGUUGUUUUGUUCUUGUUCCAUUCCAUGAGCAGCUAAAGCUUUCUGCAUGACCAGAAAGGAAAUGAUGGUAUCAGACUACCAUGUCACACUUGUUCAUGGCGCUUGAUUGCAUUUUAAUCGAACAUUUUCCAUA